AUGUCUACCGGCCGUAAUCCCGCGCGGCAACCGAAAGCUCUCUUUUUUGAUUGGUUGGACCGCACGAAGGUAGACACUGGCGUGGGUGGUGAGUGUCUCAUGCGCCAGUUUGCGCCUGGUCGGAGGCAGGCCGAAAAGUGCAUUCGCCGCAACGAAAAAACCAACAUUGUAUUAGCCUCCAUUGCCUUCAGCCCCGCGCUCCACGGCGGCCAUGGUCCUUUCAUCCAUGAUCACAUGUUUGAUGUCUCACCGCCGUCAACCAACGUCAGCAUAAACCUCGUGAAGACGGAUGCUACAACUCUCAUUCGCGAGGUCAUGUCAACCUCUACCCUCACCAUCACCGCCCUACUACCGGAAAUGUGGAUUGGAUCUUAA